AGGUCUCCCUGGGGGAAUCUUCAAAAAUCAAAAAUGGAUUUUCGUCCGCCCACUCUUCGACGACCACACCUGGCCGUUACCUUAUCUGAAAUUGUGCAUGAAAUAGUGUCAUUCCUUCCAACCAUUGACCUACGUUCAAAUGUGACCCACGUUUCCCGCGGAUGGGAAGACGCCACUCGAAAACAACUCCUUUCUCGAGUUCAGGUCGACCUCACCCCAAAAAAUAUGGCGGGCUACCUUGAACUUUCCAAGAUUCGUGGAAACUACCACAAACGUGUCUUCCUUUCUGAAUUCAAUUUCGAAAAUCCGACCCCCGAAGAGUCCAAUCUGCUCGAAAAUUUCACCUCCACCGCGACCCCGCGCAUUACAGAGCUACGUUUGGACUACUGUCCCCCGAAACAGGAAUCCGUGCACACCUCUGUCCUCACACUACUCGCACAUUGCCCCAGAUUAAAAUUUGUCUCCUUCUCCCCAAAGACUUUAAGAAUUCAGAUAAUCAAAAAUUCCCACGCAACGGAUGUAAGUUUCCCGAAAGUUGAAAAAUUCAAGAUUUCCUCGACUUCACGAUUAGACGACGUUAAUUUGGCAGAUUUCCUCAGAAUCGUAGCGAUUUUCCCGAACCUGAAAACAUUGCGUUGCCCAACCCUUCCACAACACAUUUUCGAGCAUUUUCUAUCCAAUAAGGGGUCAAUUAGAGAAAUUUCAAUGAGUUUAAGUAGCUCAGAGCCACCCCUUUUGAUAGCAGAAAGGUCCCCUUUUUUGGCAUUACAGGAUGGCAUUACAGGUCGGAUUUUUAACCAGCUCGAGAAAUUAUAACGUUAUCAUUGCCACUUUUGCCGACCAGCUGGAAAAACUAAGGCUUACCGCGGAAUACAACUUCCCGCGGGAAUUAGUGGAUUCGCAUGAUGCCCGGGUACUCGUGACAAUCACGUUGCCCAAGGUGUUACCAAGAUUAAAAUGUUUGGCAAUUGGGAUCCCUCGAGAUUCAAGUUUUAGUCGGGAGGGUAAGAAAAGGUUGAAAGCUCCCGCGCUUCAUUUAAACUUCGACGGCUAUUCGAGACAAUUGCCCGCCUUGGAGAAAAUUGUGGUCUCAGGGCGGGAUGAAUGGGAUAGGGGGUCACAGGAUGAGAUGGAGGAACAAGACUUUUUCGAAAUGUGUGCGGGAUUUUUGGCCAAAUAUUUCCUAAAAGGGGAAUGUCUAACGUUGAGAGAUCUUAAGGUUCCACUUCAUCCCGGAAAAAAAGGUAGGGUCGAAAUGUUUUCAAAAAGUAGGAAGUGCUCGGAAGAAUUGGGAAUUGGUGGAUUGUUCCGAUUUUUUGAAAGGAUUGUUACCACGUUUCCGAAUUUGGGGUGUGAAACGUUCGAGGGGGUGGGAGAUUCCGGGGAGGCGGAGGAAUGGGUGCGUAUCGGGUGCGGGAUUGGAUUGCUGGAGAAGAAUGAGCUCAAAUUGAGUUAAAUUAAGUACGCAAGUUUGUAUAGUUGACUUUGAUGUAUGGGUAGUUAUUUAAACAAAAAUAACUUUUGAAGGUAUGUAUCUACGUGAUAAUCCAAUAUUUUGAAUGAUUGUAACUCCAGAAAUAUGUACGUACUUACGUAUGAAUUAUUUGUGCACUCUAAAUACUUAGCAUUCCAAUAAAUAAAU